GGUCUCAUAUGACCAUCAAGUCCAUCAAGUACUUCAUGCAACUCGGCUCCGAGUAUACUGUCGAGCAGGUGCAGAAGAUUACUACGCGUGAAAGCAACAUUCUACAUCCAAACCAGUGGAUUAUUAACCAGCCGGUUCCUCUCUCAGGACACACCGACCAGGUCAAGGAUGCCGUCAACAAGGCUUGUACAGCGCUCGGUGAAGGUCUCGAUAAGAUUGAUGCUGCAGAAGUCGCUGCCGUGGAUGGUGAAUGGACCGCAUAUAGGACAAUGACCGCAGACACCUCGGACUGGUCGGCUGAGAAGAAGUUUGCCGCGAUGGAGUCUGAGUUGGAAUCCGAUGCUGUUGUUCUCUACCUUCACGGAGGAGCCUACUAUCUUUGCUCGCCUGUGACACACCGCGACCUGGUGUCCGCACUUGCUCGUCAAUUCAAAGGAAAAUGUUUUUCUCUGAAGUAUCGACUGGCUCCGCAAGCGUCGUUCCCUUCACAAAUCACCGACGCCUUGCUCGCAUAUAUGUGGCUCAUCGAUCCUCCGGCAGGCGCCCUUCACAAGCCAGUGCCCCCGGAGAAGAUUGUCAUCGCAGGCGACUCGGCGGGUGGUGGCCUCACUGCCGGUGUUCUCCUCACCAUCUUGCAAAGCGGCUUGCCUCGCCCUGCUGGCGUUAUCACGCUAUCGCCUUGGGUUGACUUGUCGCAUUCCUUCGAGUCUUCAAUAACGAAUGCAGUAACUGAUUAUCUCCCUGAACUCGGCGCGAAGCAUCGCCACAAGGCUAGCAAAGCUUGGGCUGCGGAUGGUUCCCAGUAUCACUUCUAUGCCCCGAAUGAAGCCGUCAUCCAUCCACUUGUCAGUCCUGUCACAGCGAAGAGUUGGGAAGGUGCUCCACCCAUGCUUGUGAUUAUCGGUGAGGGUGAACGCUUGAGGGACGAGGGCCUCUUCUUUGCGCAGCAGGCUGCGCAGUCUGGCGUGGAUGUGAAUGUGCAGCUUUACGAGGCCAUGCCGCAUGUGUUCCAGCUCUUACGAGGACAUCCUUCGGCUAGGCGGAGUUUCAUGGAGAUGGGCAAGUUUGUCACUAGGGUUACAGGCGGAACCUCUGAGGAAUCAGGCGCAAGACAUUGGAUCGAUGGACGAGGCGAGAUUGGCCCGUUGGCGGAUGAGCAAUAUCGUAUUGGUUUUACUAGGGAUGAAGUUAUUGAGAGGAUAAGGAAUUCGGUUGAGAAGUGGGGCUCACAAGAGAUGUUGGAGCAGAAGAUCUAGACGGUUGGAUACAGUAACGGACAAAAGAGUGUAUUUUGUCAGAGCUCGCCUCGCUUUCUCGCUAGAUAACGUUCCCUCGCACUCAUCACAUCGCUCUCCGUUUUGGCUUUUUUCGAUUUCAUGAGGAGUUCCUCCUGUUUUGAUCGCUGCUCAUCCUCUUUCCGCUUCCGUGAUUCCCGUAAUUGUGCCUCCAGUUGUCUUGCCUGCCUUGCUCUAGCUUCCCG